UUACUGGACAUGCAAGAAACUUCAAAAAUCUGUCCUCCUCCAAGGUUGGUGCCCAAGAUGCCAAAUCAUCCUUUGCCCAUGAUUCAGCUCAAAGACAAACGUGAAAUUUCCUUCCCCUGACCCCUCUCUCUCUCUCUCUAGACCCAGCAUAAGUACGAACACGAAGAACUCACACCCGUCGUAUCAUCUAGCCCUCCUAUAAGCACAAGCACAAGAUGGGGUCGUUCUUGAGCUGAGCUGCAGACACACCCGUCCAGCCAUGGCGAGCCUGAAAGCCGGAACGAGGCCGCCGUGGGUGGGCUUGGGAGCGGCGGUUUGGGUUCAGAUAGCGUCGGGCAACUCCUACGCCUUCCCUCUGUAUUCGCACUCGCUCAAGUCCGUUCUCGGGUUCAACCAGCACCAGCUGACCCUGCUCGGCGUGGCCAACGACGUCGGCGAGAACUUUGGGCUUCUCGCCGGGUUCGUCUGCAACAGGUUACCUCCUUGGAUCGUCCUGUUGAUUGGGGCUAUAGCAUGCUUCUCCGGCUACGGCGUGCUCUGGCUCGCCCUGAGCCGGACGGUCCAGUCUCUGCCUUACUGGUUGCUAUGGGUUGCUUUGUGUGUCGCCACCAACAGCUGCGCGUGGCUCGGCACAGCCGUUCUGGUUACCAACAUGAGGAACUUUCCUGCUGACCGAGGCACAGUUGCUGGGAUUCUCAAAGGGUACUGCGGCUUAAGUGCAGCCGUCUUUACUGAAGUUUAUGGCGUCAUGCUUCACCAUUCCUCUUCCAGACUCCUCUUGUUCCUCGCACUUGGAAUCCCGGUUUCAUGCUUCAUCACUAUGUAUUUCAUCAGGCCUUGUGUUCCAGCCUCCAGCGAAGACUCUUCGAAGCAUGGCCACUUCAUGUUUAUACAAGCAACAAGCGCUGCACUUGGCUUAUACGUUCUGACGACAACAAUAUUGAACGACAUCCUUCCUCUGACUUCUAAAUUAUCUUACUCAGCAAUUGCCGUAAUGGUUCUCCUCCUUCUGGCUCCUCUUGCUGUCCCUGUAAAGAUGACAUUUUAUCGCAGCAGUAGGGCUGUGAUACAGGAAAGCCAAAAUGACCCUUCCGAUGGCAUUGUUUGUGAAGGACGUGAAGAUAAAUCUGAACCGCUUCUCUCGAAUUCUUCGACGGAGAAGUACCUUGGAGGCCCUGAUGAGAACAAUGAUGUGUCUGAGAUUAACAUGCUUUUAGCAGAAGGCGAAGGGGCAGUGAAGAAAAGGAGGAGGCCUAAACGGGGAGAGGACUUUAAUUUCUCUGAAGCUCUCAUCAAGGCGGAUUUCUGGCUUCUGUUCUUGGUGUUUUUUGUUGGAGUUGGUACUGGGGUUACCGUCCUUAAUAACAUGGCGCAAAUCGGGAUCGCAGUAGGCGUGCACGACACAACUAUUCUCAUGUCCCUGUUCAGCUUUGGCAACUUCGUGGGUCGGCUUGGUGGAGGUGUCGUGUCUGAACAUUUUGUCAGGUCAAAAAUUAUUCCUCGUACCAUCUGGAUGACACUGACUCAAGUAAUCAUGAUCAUCACGUACCUUCUUUUCGCAUCGGCUAUAGACGGAACACUUUAUGCGGCAACUUCACUACUCGGGUUCUGCUACGGUGUUCAGUUCUCCAUCAUGGUCCCGACCGUCUCCGAGCUUUUCGGGCUGAAGCAUUUCGGCUUGUUGUACAACUUCAUCUCACUGGGGAAUCCCAUUGGCGCGUUCCUCUUCUCAGGCCUCUUAGCCGGUUACAUAUAUGACAACGAGGCAGCUAAGCAGCACGGAUUUGAUGUGCUCGCCUCGACCAUGACUUGCUUGGGUCCGGAUUGUUUCAGGCUCACCUUUCUGAUUUUGGCUGCAGUGUGCGGCUUUGGCGUAAUUAUGAGCCUGAUUCUGACCAUCAGAAUAAAACCUGUCUACGAGGCUCUUUAUGCCGGUGGAUCGUUCAGGCUGCCUCAAAGUUCAACUCACUGAGGUCUAGUUGAUAUGCCCGAGUUUUUUUUUUUUUUUUUCCCUUCAUUUCCAGACAAGAACUUGCUUACCAGGUUCUCUUUCAGAAGUUGCUAUUCCAGGAAUAGUCAAUUUUUUCUAAGCUCUACUAUAUGAUGAGAAAACAUGGAACCAAGACUGUCCAUUUCUUAAGAGGAAAAUUGUAUAUCUUUGCGGUAUACACAUAUUCAGAAUGUACAACUAGAAGUUGCACAGUUUCUUUCCUGCUAUAA